AGAGAGAUAAUCUCAGGAGCUGACCAAGCGGCAAACAAACUCUGCGGCUGCUGCUCGGAAGUCGGCCACUCUGCUGCUGCUGUUUUUACCCAAAAUGACACUGGCCACCGGUGAGCUGGGCACCUUAUCAACAGGUCAGUGAAUAAGUCAACUGGAAUCUUGUUUCAGCAUUACAACAUCUACUUCACGAGUCAACACGAAUGUGAACAAACGGACAGUGACCAUGGGGGAGGCUCUGUGGAUAAUCCAAUAUAUGUGCCUUUAACUGGACAGAUGAACUGGAUUACAAACCCAUUUAAGAGAGAAAAGAAAGAAACUUGAGGUAAAGGGGUUUAGAGGAGAAAAAGCAGAAAACAAGAAACAAAAAAAGAAAAAUUCAAACGCACCAGUGAGUAGGAGAUUGUAUGUGGAGGGGAGGAGGGGAGUGGAAAAAACCUUAGGGAGAGAGAGUGUGUUCCUGUGUGUCAGGUGUGUGCGUGGGUGUUACUGCUGGUAACCAGGCAGAGAUGGACCUUGUCUCAUGGGGUGUGGGGGGAGCGGCUUCAUCAGCGAAGCAUAUAACUAGAGAAAAAAGCAUUCUGUCUCACUGACAGGGUCUCAGCCUCACAGCCUCCCAUGCCACUUGCUUCCAGAAACAACAACAAAACAAUACUGAUAACCAAAAUUAGUUCAAAUAUAUAACAGAAACUGCUCCUGCUGCUGGUGUCCCUGCUGCUGCUCAUGAUGGCGCCAACGGAAAUGACUUGUGUUCUCUGUUGGACUCUGGAUGGAGUGUACUAACAAGCACGGAGAAGCCGCUUAAGUUACCUUGAUCAGAACAGGCUCUGAUGUCAGAUGUUUUACUUCUUCAUCAUAAGGACUACAGACUGAACUGCCUUGAAGGAGUUGUAUCUGUGGUGGUGCUGUCUGGAUACGGUGAGGCAGAGCUAUUAUGUGCCAGCUUGAAGGGGCGAAAUGCAGUUUCCUGUUUUGCCUGGGGAUCACUAUUGUUAUCUGUGGAGUUAUUUACUUGAGGACACCAACAGAGCCAAAGCCCCAAGAGCCAGUAAGCUGCAGGCCCUUUUCCACUGAAUGUAAAGCUUUUCUUUCAAGCAUGGAGGAGAGAAUGGAGUGGUACGAACGUGACUGCCAGGUGGAAAGCUAUAUCAUGCAUAAUCACCUGCAGUGUUCCAACUUGACCAGAAACCUGCACUUCAUCACAAGACCUCUGAGCCGUGAAGAAGAGGACUACCCUUUAGCAUUCAUUUUGACUGUUCACAAAGAGCUGGAGCUCUUUGUGCGCCUCUUUCGAGCCAUUUACAUGCCACAAAAUGUGUACUGCAUUCACGUAGAUGCCAAAGCCCCACGGGAGUACCACAUGGCUGUACAGAAGCUAGUCGGCUGCUUUAAAAACGCCUUCCUUGCCAGCCAAAGCGAGACAGUGACCUACGGCGGGUUUUCUCGUCUGCAAGCAGACUUGAACUGCAUGAAGGAUCUAGCAAAUUCUAACAUAGGCUGGAGGAAGGUGCUGAAUCUGUGUGGACAGGAUUUCCCUAUCAAGAGCAACCUGGAGCUGGUGCAGUACAUGCAGAGCAAAGAGUGGAGGGACAGAAACAUGACGCCUGGGGUCAAGCAGCCAGUGUCUAUGAGGCACAGGACACAGCUCCAGCACAGGGAGGUCAUGGGGUCACAUGUAGCUGUGAAAGUGCCAGGACUGAAGAAAGGUCCUCCUCCACACAACCUGCAAAUUUAUUUUGGAACAGCCUACUAUGCUCUCACAAGGGAUUUUGUAGACUUUGUCCUGAAUAGCCAAACAGCUCACGACCUGCUGGAAUGGUCCAAAGACACAUUCAGUCCAGAUGAGCACUAUUGGGUGACACUCAAUCACAUCAAAGCUCCAGGCAGCCACAUAGAUGGAGGCUGGGAAGGAGACAUCCGGGCAAUCAAGUGGAGGGACCAAGAAGGAAUGACACACAAUGGCUGCAAAGGGUAUUACGUACGAGAUAUCUGUAUCUAUGGAGUGGAAGACUUGCCAUGGAUCAUCAAAAAGAACAGCAUGUUUGCCAAUAAGUUUGAGAGUAAUACUUUCCCAGAGGCACUGGACUGUCUGGAGCAGUGGCACAGGAACAAGGUGCUGAACCAAGCAGCUGUUCCCAUCGAGCCAUCAUGGCUGUUGGCCACACAGAUCAACUCAAGGAGCAGAAACUUCAACAGCAGUACUGGAGCAUGAAAUGGCUGUUGGUGCCCUCAACAAAACUUGUACUGCACACAGCUCAGAUUAUUUACACAGUAAGCUGCGCAGGAGCACAGCUACUGUGUAUUUAUUUAUGUAGGAAACUGUAAGAUGGACGUUCUUUUUAAUAAUCAGAUGACUGAUAUAAUAUCUUUACGGUAAGCUGAUGCAGUUAAAGUACAAUGUAUCCACUUUUAUCCAAGUAAAUAACAGAUACUUUUUGAGAUAUUACACUACAAAAAGUAUUAGACAAUGUACCUAAUAUGCAGUAACUAUAUAAUUUAAUUAAAUGUUUAAUAUCGUUGCUUUUAUUAUAUUAUUUAUUAUUAUUAAUUAUUAUUAGGGGGCGUACACAUGCAACAUAAAUCCACUUAAACAUGACAUGUUCAUCAUAUUUACCAACUGUCUACACCAUGCCAGUUGUACGUGAAAUCAAUAAGGAGUCAGCAAGUUAGGAAACUGUGUCUUGCCUAAUAAGCCUAUCUGAGCAUAUCUAUCUGCAGUCUAGAGAUACUCCUAAUGACUUAUUUCCUUAGACCAGGCAAAUACUCUGAAAGUAAAAAAACAAACAACAGUCAAAAUUGAGCACAUAAUCUAUAUGGUUAAACACUGUCCAAGAAAUAGUGUGGAUAUUCUAAGAAGCAUUUCUAAGCUCCUAUUCUGUAUUGUUUUUAUUAUCUUGGGUGAAGAUCUCAUCACUACCUAAUCAUAUCCAUCACAUCCAUAUUGCAGACAGUCAGUUUACUCUAAGACGCACUGUAACUUUUUUUUACCAUUUCAGGCCAUAUUUCUGGCAAAGUCAAACAACUGAUCUGUGCCAAGACAUUUUUUAACCACAAAAACAACAGCAACAACUGGAUAUCAUCUGCUGUCUCUACCUUAAAAUAGCCUGUGCAUGAGAAAUUACAGCCAUAGCUUUAAAGUUACAAAAAACUAACAGGUCAGGACCCAAAGUGGUCUGCUUCUGUUUUUGUCAGAUUCCCAUGCGACUCCAUUUGGGAGAGAGCAACAGUGAAAUCCACAGGAGGCUAUACACAUUUGAAGAAAUAUUGUCAAGAAUAUGUAAUGUCUUUGGCUUAGGUGGUUUUGUGGCCACAGUUUCCACUUCGAACACUGAUGACAAAAAGAAUGCCAUGACAUACAAAAAUUGGACACUGGAAAAUUAUAUUAUAAUUCCAAGCACAUUUCUGGUUACUAGUACUAUGUUUGUUAUUGCCAUUGCUACUGUUGUUGUCUAAGUUCUAUAAGUUACGAAGAAUAAGUUUGGGUAAUGCAAGAUAAAAAGUAAUAAUGUAUAAAAUAAAUAUAAUAUUUCCAAAGACA